CGUCACACCCCCUCUGUGCUUCCGACUUCCGACCAAUGGCGGUGUUUACAUUUAGGUUCAUAAGUUGUAACCUUGACUCUUUGUGUCGAUAAUGGACAGCAUGGCACCCACUUCAAGACUUUUUAAUCUGACUCUGAUUUGAGUUCGGGUUAGUUUGAUCAGCAGUUUUUGACGCCUUUCAUUCUUGCUCAGGUAGAUUUGAUGUAACAGAAAAAAUUCUAGUUAUGCCACCAAUGAUGGACUAGGAACUAACGUGUGUGUGCGAGCAAAGACUGUGAGGAUACCAUAUUGGAGAGAGCUAGCAUACAUGCUACUGGUGUUUCAUGAUACAGUUGUCUUUCUUUGGAGUCCUUGAACAACUGAACAAUAAGAAAAUUUUUACCUUCGCCGUCGAAGUCAUUGCCGAUUUUCUGCUGGAGUAAUGCGUCACCACCAAUGGCAUCCGGCGGUAGUGAUGACAAAAGCAGACCUUGUUCCAUCUCACCGAGAGCUGUGAGUGGCAAAGUCAACUGGAAAAGUAACUCCUCUUCAGAGCCGUUUUCGUUUAGUGCUCUCAAGGGAAAGGAAGACGGAGUGAAGAAACCAGGAGGAUUUGUCUGUUCGAAUUUCAGACAACCCAAGAUGCAGGGUCGAGGUCGGUUCCAGGUGUCCACCAGCGACAAAAGGUACCAGGUCAAGCCCAAACGCCUCAACGUCCAACAGGCCUGUAAGCUCCAGCAGCAGCUUAUGGUGGCUUUUGACUUUGAGGAAGAGGAUGAGGAUCGCAAAGUCAUCAUUGGCAUUUGUGCCAUGUCGAAGAAGUCAGCGUCGAAACCGAUGAGCGAGAUCAUCAGGAGGCUAAGAGAUAACUUUGAGAGGCUGCAGGUAAUUAUGUUUGAUGAAGACACAAUUUUGAACAAACCUGUGGAGGAGUGGCCAAUAGUCAACGGGCUCGUGUCUUUUUUCUCCCACGGGUUCCCACUGGAGAAAGCAAUCGCCUACAAGAACCUACGCAACCCUUUCAUCGUGAACGACUUAGAAAUGCAGUGCACAUUACAGGACAGGAGAAAGGUAUACGCAAUGCUGAAGGAGAAUAACAUUCCCCAUCCACGUUAUGCUGUUCUCGACAGAGAAAAUGACCCAGACUGUCAAGUGACAGAGACGGAGGACUCUAUAGAGGUCAACGGGAACUUGUUCAUGAAACCUUUUGUGGAGAAGCCGGUGGAUGCGGAGGACCACAACAUUUACAUUUACUUCCCGGUGUCUGCCGGAGGGGGGAGCACCCGCCUCUUUAGAAAGGUGAAGGAUCGUAGCAGUAUAUACUCCCGGUUCUGCCGUGUUCGCAACAAGGGCUCCUACCUGUAUGAAGACUUCAUGCCCACCGACGGGACGGACGUGAAGGUGUACACAGUUGGCCCAGACUAUCAGCAUGCGGAGGCCCGCAAGUCUCCAGCUCUGGAUGGGAAGGUGGAGAGAGACUCUGAUGGAAAGGAGAUCCGGUAUCCAGUGCUUCUGAGCAAUAGAGAAAAGAUGAUUGCUCGGAAUGUGUGCAGAGUGUUUAAGCAAAAUGUGUGUGGUUUUGAUCUCUUGCGAGCCAACGGGAAACACUAUGUCUGUGAUGUCAAUGGGUUCAGCUUUGUCAAGACUUCCAGCAAGUAUUACGACGACUGUGCCAAAAUACUAGGAACCCUUGUGAUGAGAGCGUGCUGCCCACAGCUACACAUUCCCUACCCAAUGUGCACGGCACCAGAGGACAUCCCGGUGGUACAGACAGCGUCGGGCUCAAUGAUGGAGCUCCGAUGUGUGAUCGCUGUCAUACGCCAUGGGGACCGAACGCCCAAACAGAAAAUGAAAAUGGAAGUAAAGAACAAAAAAUUCUUUGAGCUGUUUGAAAAGUAUGGAGGCUUCAAAACAGGCCAUCUGAAACUGAAAAAGCCGAAACAGCUGCAAGAAGUCCUUGACAUUGUGCGUCAUCUUCUCGCCGAAGGUCAGGGCAAUGCCGACCCUGAAGUUGAGGAGAAACGGGCCAAACUGAACCAGUUGAAACUGGUUCUGGAAAUGUACGGUCAUUUUUCCGGAAUUAACCGCAAAGUCCAGCUAAAGUAUCAGCCUACAGGUCGGCCCAAGAGAUCGUCCAGCGAGGAGGACCUGACUGAUUCAGACCAGGGGGCGCUGUCCCCCGGCGUAGAUGAUGCGCCCCGUGACCCGUCACUGGUCCUGAUACUGAAAUGGGGAGGGGAGCUGACUCCUGCCGGGAGGAUCCAGGCGGAGAACCUGGGAAAGGCGUUCCGCACGCUGUACCCCGGAGGUCAGGGUCAGUUUGAGGCUCCUGGCCUGGGCUUCUUGCGACUACACAGUACCUUCAGACAUGACCUCAAGAUCUACGCAUCGGACGAGGGCAGGGUUCAGAUGACCGCUGCUGCUUUUACUAAGGGUUUGCUGGCGUUGGAAGGAGAGCUGACCCCCAUUGUGGUGCAGAUGGUGAAAAGCGCUAACACCAACGGUCUGCUGGAUGGAGAGUCCAACACCUCCAAGUACCAGAUUGUGGUCAAAGAAAAACUGAAAGAGAUUUUCAAUCAAGACCGAGAUUUCACAGAAUCUGAUUUCUGCAAGUUGGCAGCAACGAACAGCAUCUCCCUGGUCAACGCCAUGCAGUUUGUGAAGAACCCGUUCCAGAUGUGCGCCCGGGUGCAUGAGAUGAUCAAGGAGAUCACGGCGCGCAUCAGGUGUCUUAAGAUGGAGCUCAAGUCAAGAGAUCUGACCUUGUUUAAUGGCGAGUCCUGGGAACUUCUCAUCCGACGCUGGGCCAAACUGGAGAAAGAUUUCCGCUUGAAGAAUGGUCGGUUUGACAUCAGCAAAAUCCCAGACAUUUACGACUGCAUCAAGUACGACCUCCAGCACAAUCAAAAGACGCUACAGUUCAAACGAGCUCAGGAGUUGUUCAUGUGUAGCAAAGCUCUGGCAGACAUUGUCAUACCUCAGGAGUAUGGAAUCACAAAGGAGGAGAGAUUGCACAUUGGGCAGAACUACUGCACUCCACUGCUACGCAAAAUUCGCUGCGACCUACUUCAGUGCAUCAACGAACCCACCACAGACGAUAAUGCUACACGCCUGGACUCCAAGUAUUCUAAUGGAGUUGCCUCACCAGAGAGAUUUGUGCGUACCCGCCUUUACUUCACCAGCGAGAGUCACAUACACUCCUUGUUAGCCAUGCUGCGAUACGGGGAUUUCUUGGACGAGGAGAAAGAUGACCAGUGGAAAAGAUCGAUGGACUUCAUUGGCGCGUGUGCUGAGCUGAACUACAUGUCACAAAUUGUACUCAUGAUGUUUGAAGAUCCAGCUAAAGAUGAAGACUCAGAUGAGCGGUUCCACAUCGAGCUUCACUUCAGCCCUGGGGCGUACACAUCCUGUGACGAGGUUGGAGCUGAGCCCAAAGGAAUGGGAUUCAGACCCAAAGGAAAUCGUGACACAAUCAACGAAACGACCACACCGGGCAACAUUCCGGAAGCCCAAGAGGAACUGCCAGAGACAGAGGCUAGUGUGAGUCAGCCGGCUCCAACCCCACGCCCGCUACGUCACUGCGUGUCCGUGCCUGACAGCACCAUCUGCGAGGACCUCGGGGAACUGGUGGAGGCUGAUCUGUUCGCACACGCUCACCAGGCAGCCUGCAGAAAGCCGUCAAAGUCCGAUACACAAGUGUCCCAAAGAAAAAAGAGCGGGAAGUUCAAGUUCCAACCUCGCUCACCUGACCCUGACACCCCGGAGUGGGACUGGGGGGAUGAGGAGGAGGGUGAGGUCACAGAUGAAGAGGAUAACGUGGAUCAGAGAGUGAAAAGUCGGCCGACUGACCUGUCCAAGAAUUUGCAGCAGGUGGACAGUGCCCUGCCUGGAGAGAAAGCGUCCAGCUCUCAGAACAUACCGGUGGUCAAGCCCACGAACAAACACCCUCACCACGGCAAAACGGAACCGACCCGUCAGCAAUCUCUCCCACCGCGGGAUCAGGAUGGGGCAUCUCCUCCAUCACCCGACAGCACAAAACUGAGUCUGAGCUUGCCCAAGUCAGUGGAGAUGAUGCUUAGACGUCGCCACAGAGAAGACCAGAUUGGGGAUGAGCAUCGAGGAGGGGGAGGAGCCGGGGGACAGCUCGGCCCUGCUAGUGUCAGGACACAGCCCAUUGAGAUAAAUGUCAGCCCGUCGGCAGAGUCUUCCAGGGCCUCCGGUGAGGAGAAGCGCAGCCGAAGUCUGGAGGACAGCGUGUGUGAUUUGUCACCAAAGUCAGGUGAGACAAGGUGGCGCAGGGAAGCACGAAAACUGCAUUCUUAUCUUGUUCAUCUGGGUGUUCUGGCUGUGCGCCCUGCCCUGGAGGGUUUCAAUAACGUCCCUUUGCUGCACCCCUUGGAGACACUGCACAACAAUCUGACCUACCACCAGGUGGACGACUUCCUGGGUCGCGUCACGCUCAACCGGUUUGCCGUACCUGACCUGUCCGCCCUGCAUUCCAUCGCGUCCAAGUCGCUGCUCAAGCUCAAUUCUCCCGGCAAAUUCCCGGAUCAGAUGCCGUCUUCAAGCAACUCCAGCGGAGGUCCGAACUCCCCGACCAUCCAGACGAAUCCGGCAGACCUCAUCAAGACCCUGGGCAUGUACAUCAACAACCGCAGCCCGCAACAGAGCGAAGGGGAAGAAGGAAAGUUGACUGACACAAACAGCAGUCAGAACUCGAUCGGAGAUGAAAUCCAGGACGUGGAGGAGGUGACCAACGCGCUGACCGGCAGUCUCAUCGUGACCAUGCAGGGAGACGACUUGACCAUGCCUCCUGGUAUUGAGCCGGAUAUCUUUGACCUGGAAGAUUCUGGACUUAAGUGACCGGUCCAGAAAUGACAAUGAUUAUCAUUGAUUCCCCACCCCACCCCCACCCCCACCCAAAGCUGUUCCCCUCUCUCUCUUUCUCUCUCUUUCUCUCUCUC